AUGGAAAUGCAUCGAGAAUCCAGUGGAACUAGUCAACUGGACGAGAGUGACUGUUGCACACCAUUGUACUUAGCAACCAACAGCGGUAGCGCAGAAUUUGUCAAGUUGCUGGCCUAUGAAGUCAAAAACCUUUGGUUGACAGAUCGGUAUUCUCUCACAGUACUGCACUAUACUGGCGAUGAUGAAAGUUUGAAGCGCCUCCUACAUGCAGCUGCUCAUAGCAUCCCGGUGAGAGGCAUCUUUAACACACUUCUGCUUGAGACAGCAAACAGAGGUAACGCCUUGCGUGUGAGGCAGCUGUUGCAAGCGAAAACAGAUGUGACAGCGAGGAUCGCUAACAGUGUCAGUGCCGUGCUAUGCACUGUACUGAGCAGCAACCCAGUGUGUUCGAGGCAUCUCCCGAAAGUUGGUGUAGAUAUGCAGGAGAAAAAGGGUUCUGGUUUCACACCCCUAAGCUGGGCACCAGAAGAAGACAGUUCAGCAUAUGUCAGGCUACUGGUGGAAGCAGGAGCUGAAGUGCACAGGAGGAACAAAGGUAAUGACACACCUCUACAUUUUGCCAGCCUGUCCAGUGACACAGAAUGUGUGAAACGACUUUUAGAAGUCGGUGCAAUGGCGGUAAGAGAGGAUAAUCGUGGAAGCACACCACUGCACUACGCAGCAUCUGUGGGCAAUGUUGAAAGUGUGAGGCUGAUGCUGGACACCGGGGCAUACCCCGAGAAAUGUGUGAAGCUACUUUUAGAAUUUGGUGCAAGGGUGUCAAAAGUGGAUAAUCGUGGUAACACGCCACUGAAUUAUGCAGCAUCUGUGGGCAACGCUGAAAGUGUGAGGCUGCUGCUCGAGGCCGGGGCAUACUUGGGGCAAGUGAAUGAAGAUGGCCAGACCGCACUACAUUUCGCCAGUAUGUCCGGUGACACCGAGUGUGUGAAGCUACUUUUAGAAUUUGGUGCAAGGGUGGUAAAAGUGGAUAAUCGUGGUAACACGCCACUGCACUAUGCAGCAUCUGUGGGCAAUGCUGAAAGUGUGAAGCUGCUGCUCAAGGUCGGGGCAUAUCCCGAGCAAGUUAAUAAAGACGGGCAGACUCCACUUCAUGUUGUUGGCGUGUCCAUAGACAUUCAGUGUGUGAGACGAGUUUUGAAAGCUUGUUCCAUAGUCGCAACACGUAACAAUCAUUACAAUAUACCAAUCUACUGUGCAGCAGUAAAGGGCAUGAGCAAGAGGUAUUAA